GGAAACGUCUCGGCCGGCUGCGGUUGCUUCUCCCCGGCUCUCUUCAUUGCUCUGCUGAAGGUAAUGAGACGCCCUAAGAUCCCAGAGGUACCAUAUGAGAAGCCUGGAACGUGUUGAGGACUCUACUUCCUGCAAACUUAUGCCACCAGAAAUGGCCUCUUCUCCCCAGACGCUGGCUCACAAACAGAGCAGCCCCCAGAGGUGAACUUAUCUGCCUUGCAGCCCAGGCUCUGGGCUCUCCAACCUGACACGUCAACCUCCAGCUGAGAAAGGAGUCUGUCUAGGAAAAGAACUAGAAUCAACCGAGAGGCACAUUUUUUAAUCACCAGUUACUUUAAUGACCAUCCGCAGACCCACCGAGUGAAAGGAAGGAGCUGGGCGGCGCGUCCCGGGCGUCAUGGUCCACCUGCUCGCCUCCGAAGUACGGCAGCUGCUCCACAACAAGUUCGUGGUCAUCCUGGGGGACUCGGUCCAGAGGGCCGUGUACAAGGACCUGGUGCUCCUGCUGCAGAAGGACCGCCUGCUCACACUCAGCCAGCUCAAGGCCAAGGGAGAGUACAGCUUCGAGCAGGACGAGCUGGUGCACGGGGGCAAGCAGGGCCGCAUGCAUAACGGCACCCACUACCGCGAGGUGCGCCAGUUCCGCUCCGGCCACCACCUGGUGCGCUUCUACUUCCUGACGCGCGUGUACUCCGACUACCUCGAAGCCAUCCUGGAGGAGCUGCAUGCGGGUGAGCACGACCCGGACCUGGUCAUCAUGAACUCCUGCCUCUGGGACCUCACCAGGUACGGGGAGGACUCCUGGCCGAACUACCUGCAGAACCUGGAGAGCCUGUUUGGGCGCCUGCGCCAGGUGCUGCCCGAGUCGUGCCUCCUGGUUUGGAACACGGCCAUGCCCGUGGGCAACAACAUCAAUAGCGGCUUCUUCCCGCCCGAGCUCCGACCCGCGGCCUCCGGCCUGAAAACCAACGUGAUUGAGGCCAACUUCUACAGCUCCGCCGAGGCCCAAAAGCACGGCUUCGAUGUGCUGGACUUGCACUUCCACUUCCGCCGCCACACAGGGAAGUACCUGCAGCCCGACGGAGUGCACUGGAACGAGCGCGCGCACCGGCAUCUCUCCCAGCUUCUGCUGGCCCACGUGGCCGACGCCUGGGGGGUGGAGCUGCCCCAGCGCGACCCCGUGGGCAAGUGCAUCAAGGAUGGCCCCGCGAGGGGAGGACCUGGCAGGAGACUUGAGAGGCAGUUCCCGGCCUGCAGAGAUCAACCGGCCUUCCCUCCUCCGCCCCGACCCCUGCCUCCGCCUGGGUGCUGCCCCCUGCCCCCCACGCCAUCUCCCCACCCACCCCAGUUCCCACUCCUGCUCCCAAACCCCCCUCCCAUCCCCCUUCACCAGGUGACACCCCCGUUCCUAGUCUGUCCCCAAGAUGCCCAUUUUCCUUCAGACCGUCCUUUCCAAUCGGAUCAGUUCUCCUUGAACCAUUUCCAUUCAGAUAUUCCCCCAUCUACCCAGACAGAAUUUGCUUUCGAUGGUGACUUUAUGUUUAGUCCCCAGCCGCCUAGGCCCCCCUUCCCCCAACCCUGUUAUCAGCAGCGGGCCCCUGUGGUCCAUAGGGGUUUUCCCCGGUAUUGUCCCCGUGGCCCCUACAUGCCCUGGAGAGGGCGGCCCAGAACUUCCAAGAGAAGGGCCCCAGCCUAUAGAGAGCCAAGGCCUCAAUAAACUGACUUGGGCCUUCCUCCUCAUGCACAUGGCCUGGACAGAUGGUCUGACUCUCCCCAAACAGACUGACCUUGUUAACUGAAGCCUUUGGUCCAUUGCUGUUAUCAAUAAUGGCAGGGAAGAGCAGUCUGACCUGUUCUUGCUGGCUGUGACCUCUCACUGCACUCUGCGAGGGGGGACCAGGCAUCAUUCCUGCCUCCCCACUGCCUAUUCUCUUUGUCUUUUUGUAAGUAUAAAAUUGAAAUUAACAAGUUGUUUCAUAAAAGUCGUGGUGGGU